AUCCACAAUACACACCAUAUUCCUAACAUGGGGAAGAUAAUCCAUUCUAUAUCAUGCUAAUAUCAUUAAUGUGGUCGAACAGCAGAGCUCGUAGGUUGACACUUGGUUUAGCGUGCUUCGGCUUCGUCGGUAUGCAUGCGGUGGAUCUCUCGUACAAGAACGAAGCCAUAGCAUUAAUAUCAGAGAGAGUGCCAUGUGCCCACAGGCGUGGGAAGCAUCCCGGUGAAACGGCAAUGCGUUCUUCCAGAGAAAGAAAGUUGAAUCAAUAGUCAGUUAUCG